AUGGCCGACGAGAAUCCUUCCGAGGUUGCUGAGCAGCCCAAGCUCUCUCCCACCGACAAGUCCGCCGACAAGGAGUCGGACAAUACUACCUUGAAUGCCAAGCCUACCGAGAAUGCGAACGCCGACCAGAAGGAACCUGAAGUCCAAACCGACAAGGUCGAUGCCUCUGACGAUGCGACCAAGCCCCAGGAAGAGGUCAAGCCAGCCUCGGAAGACGAGGAGCCUGCGGCCCCCAAGACUAACGGAACGCCUGCAUCGAAGAAGUCCAAGGACCGGCGUCGCUCUAGCGGUGCCGGCGAAAAGAAGCUGAACCGCAAGAAGUCCAUGAACCGCAUCUUCAACAAGGAUGUGAAGCCUGGCCAGUACUACCUCUCGACCCUCCGCAGCUUCGCGCCGUGGCCCUCCAUCGUCUGUGACGAGGAGAUGAUCCCCCAGACCCUCCUGGACAGCCGCCCCGUUACUGCCAUGCAGCCCGAUGGAAAGUUCCGCGCCGAUUAUGCCGACGAUGGUCGACGCGCCCAUGAGCGCACCUACCCCAUCAUGUUCUUCGGUUCCAAUGAAUUUGCUUGGAUGCCUAACAACAGAAUGACUCCGCUUGACCCAGCCGAAUGCAAGGAAAUUUCUGAGAAGAACAAGGCCAAGGGCCUGAUUGCCGCCUACAAGGUUGCCGCAGAAGGCCACGAUCUGAAGUACUUCAAGACUCUCCUUGCGGAUCACCAGGCUGCCAUCCAGCAGGAAAUCGAAGAGGAAGAGCGCGAGGAGGCAGAAAAGGCCAAGGCUAAGGCCGACAAAAAAAACCGUCGUAAGAGUAAGGGCACCGAGACUGAUGUCGAGAUGGAAGAUGCGGACGAAGCCAAGCCUUCCAAGUCCACCAAGAAGCGCAAGAAGGAUGAGACUGACGUCGAGGAGGAUAAGCCGGCCAAGACCCCGAAGACCUCGACCAAGCUCAAGCUCAGCACUCCCAAAGCUCCCGCUGAGGAGAAGAAGAAGACUCCCGCCCCUAAGACUAAGAAGGCUGCCCCUAAGAAGGGCAAGGCUGCUAGCGACGAGGUGCCCGUCGAGGCAAAGGAGCCAGAGAAGCAGAUUGACCCCGAGGAGCUUCAGCGGAAGAAGGAGAAGGAGGUCCUGUUUUUGCGCCACAAGCUUCAGAAGGGCUUCAUCUCGCGUGAAAACCCCCCUCAGGAGAAUGAGAUGGAUGCCCUGGCCACUUACUAUGAUAAGCUGGAAAAGCACGCCGAUCUGGAGGUUGCAAUUAUCCGCUCGACUAAAAUCAACAAGGUCCUUAAGAUGAUUGUCAAGCUCAACACCAUUCCCCGCGAUGAGGAGUUCAACUUCCGCUCGCGUGCCAUGAGCCUUCUGUCCCAAUGGAAGACCGUGUUGGAUGGCGAUAUCCCUGCCUCGACCGACAAGGAGGACAAGCCCGCUUCGAACGGUGCCAAGGACGACGAGGCUCUCGAGACCCCCGCCGAGGAGGAGAAAGAGGAGAGCAAGGCCGAUGAUACCCCAAUGCCUGAUGCAGAGUCCGACAAGCCGGAAGCCUCCAAGGAGGAAUCGGAGAAGUCCGAGGAGAAGGCCGAAUAA